ACAGUCAUAGAUGAAGGAGACCAUUUUAUUGGGAAUGAGGUGUGUGUGAGUAUCAUGUUUGUUUAUGUCUGCUGACUUUUGUGGUCAACCUGGGUCAAUCAAUUUGCUUCCAUCUCCAUCUGCCCACCUCAACCUGACAGGUGUACAGCAUACAUGUGCACACACCAACACAAACACACACAUACACACACCCAGAGUCUGCCAUUGACAGUGGCUUGUGAAUGAAAGACCAUGGCCUGCAUUUUUUGAAUCGUGGCAGGGAUAAACUACAAGCCGAUUGGAGGAUCCACCAUCACAAUCUGUUAGACAAUGGUAUUAUCGCUAUGGUGACGACAGUCGGGCCAGGCUGGGUGGGGUAUUUAGGUCUCGGAAAAUCCUAACCCCUUAGAGAAGAAGAGAGGAAAGACGAGGAAUGAACAACAGAAAGAAGGAUCUGAAACAUCUGAUCAAUGAGAUCCACAGAAGGAGAGAGGGGAGACAGCCUCUGAAGAAAACGCCUCAGGAAACAGAAACAGAACAGAGCUCUUCUCCUAUCCAAGUUGGAGGAGACAGGCGACUCAACUCCCCCAGACGACACAGCGUCUCUCCAGACACAGCGAGAGCGAGACAAGGACUCCUUCAGGUUCAGGCUGAGAGACCAGGACUCCCCAGAUCUUCAGGUUCAGACUGAGAGACCAGGACUCCCCAGAUCUUCAGGUUCAGACUGAGAGACCAGGACUCCCCAGAUCUUCAGGUUCAGACUGAGAGACCAGGACUCCCCAGAUCUUCAGGUUCAGACUGAGAGACCAGGACUCCCCAGAUCUUCAGGUUCAGACUGAGAGACCAGGACUCCCAGAUCUUCAGGUUCAGACUGAGAGACUCCCAGAGAUGAAUUCUUCCAGCAGCAGUAGCAGCAGCAGUCUGAGCGACGGGCCCUUUGCCCCCACCAGGGUAACCGGCCCCACCACCCCCAGGAGAGGACCCCCCAAGUUCAAGCAGAGGAUGACCCGCCAGUUCAAGAGCAAGCCCCCCAAGAAAGGGGUCAAGAGUUUUGGGGAUGACAUCCCAGGAAUGGAGGGCCUGGGCACUGAUUUCACAGUGGUGUGUCCAUGGGAAGCCUUCAGCCACCUGGAGCUUCAUGAGCUGGCCCAGUUUGGCAUCAUCUGAGCCCCCAGAACCUGAGCUGAAACCUGGACCCAGACCCAGAGUUCCAGCCUGGACCCUACUGGAGCCCACACAGUCCAGAGCUCAUCCAGCAUCCAUCACUCUCCACCGUGGACUGAGAGACAGACCCAGCUAGUCGUGGGCUUUAAAACCAAACUUCUUCUUCUCACAUCUUUGUCUGGCUGCUGAUCUGCAAGUGUAAUCGCUUGUAGCACAGAGGCUGGGUGGGUUAAGAGGAUGAGCUUUGGGAGGCUGUGAUGAGUUUAAAGGUGUAAGCCAUGUAGAUGCAUUUAACCGUAUUACUUUGGUCUGUAAUGUAAUUAGAUCUGACGGGCGUGUCCUGGUUAUGAAGCAGUGGCUGGGUUUCUCUUGAUGUUUGCAACAACACGAUUAGAUUUGCGGCUUUCUGUAAACCAGUAAGGUGCCGCUAUCACGCUUUUUUUGCCCGUUAACUUCUGCUCUAUAUUCUUUGUGGUAUAUUUUGUUUUAUCGAACCAUGUAUCUACAGCCUCUGUAUCAUUGGGCUUCUUUAUCCUUUUGAGUAAAACUGUUUAUUAAUAUUUAUCAUCAAUGUAAGAUGUCUUCAUUAAACAUUUCUUAUGCUCAGUGUCCUUUUGGUCUCUCUAAGGUCAUAUCGGGAAAUAGAAAGAAGGAAAUGUAAAAUAAAACUGAUU